UCAAUUUCUCUCACUUUGUUUCCUGUUUCCUGUUUUCACACAAGAGUAGAGACUAUGGACAACCAAUGCAGCCCUUUGCUCAGCAGCUGGGCAUACUACUGCCAGGGAAAGAGCAUGGAAGACUUGAGGCAUUCCCUUUUGUAUGCAACUAUGGAGCUGGAACAAACAAGGGCUGCAGCACAAGAGGAGCUGAGGAAGAGAGAUGAGCAAUUGAGCCACCUCAGAGAUCUGCUUAACAAUGCUAUCAGAGAAAAAGAUGAAGCCCAAGACAAAUGCCAAAGACUCUUCCUUGAGAAACUCCUCCUCCAACAACAGCUUCAACAACAACACAACCACACAGCUCCUCUCUCUGGGAUGUCAAGCAUAGAAGAUGAUCCCAGAAGAGGAGGGAUUGACUCCAACAAUGGUGGAGGCUUUUCUUCCUCAGAUUGUGAAGAGAGUAUUGUGUCUUCACCAGUAAUUGACCCAAUUCCACCAACCCAGUUGCCAUUACCACCAUCAUCUCUUCAGAAACAAAUUGGGAAUUUAGUGCCUGACAAGCCAUUGCCUGAAAAGGGCAAGCUUUUACAGGCAGUGAGAAAUGCUGGUCCAUUACUCCAGACCCUUCUUUUGGCUGGACCACUCCCUCAAUGGAGACACCCACCUCCUCCUCUUGAGUCCUUUGAGAUCCCACCUGUCACUAUUACUUCACCACCAAUACCACUGCCAAAGCCACUGCUCCUCCACCAAGACUCCUUACUUAGUGUUAAUGGCUGCAACAGGAAGAGGGCUCUUUGUGAAGGCUCUGACUCCCCUAAUUCAGAGACCAAGUACCAAAGAGUAGUCCACCACUGACUGCUGCUAGAGCUGCCUCAGAUUAAUCCCCUGAUUUCAUAGCUUUUAUAUCUAUAACUAUAAUUUGAUACAACUAAAGGGUUAGUGAGGAUGAGAUAUCAAGUGGGUAUGUGACUGAUCUAGCAUUUUGUAUAGAGGAAGGUUUGAUCUAGGAAGAGAGCUUUGUUUGUAGUCUUCUAUGCCAGAGUUUUUGCUUGGGGGGUUUAAUUCGUCUCUGUUACCUUUCACAUUUUACAUGUUGUGAAAGAGGUUACCUGAUUUUUCCAUAUUGUAUUGUGGGAACUAAAAUGUAACUCUGAUACUAGUUCAGUAAGAGUUUCAUUCUGUUUGUACGAGUGAGGUUGAGAGAGAUCACAUCAAACAUUAAG